AUGCGCGCGCCGCUCGUAUAAUUUCUUUCCGCCGCGACUCGCGGCACCCGCUCGUGGCCUGUGCGCGCGCCGUCGGCAACCGCGGCGCCUGCCGACUUCAAAACACUUUGCCACUUCCCCCAUUCCUGCCCGGCCUUCUCCUCUGCUGUCUCCUGCCGUCCUGCUCCUGCGGCGGUCGCUCGCUCUGCUGCUGCACCGGCGCGCAUCAGGACCGUCCUGCCAUUCCCUGCUUCGUCCGUGCGUCGCAUGGACUCCUGCUGUCCCCAGCCGGCCCCGUCGCCUCCAGCCGAGUGCCUGCCUAACCGGCCGAUUUCCUUCCUUCCAUAGCUCCAUUCCAUUCCACUGUACAAAAAGGACGCGACUUCGCCAAUUUCCGUCCCGUGGCCCAUUCCAAGAUAGCAACCAAGCGGCAAUCUUUGUGCGCCCUGUCUCUGUAGCGGCCGGCCUGGAACCAUGGAGUGGGGGGACAAGGCCAGGGCCUCUGCCGCCGCGGUAGCGGACGAGAGGGGCGGAGGAGGGGAAGGGCCCGGGUACGUCAAGGUGAUGACCGACGAGCAGAUGGAGGUGCUCCGCAAGCAGAUCUCCAUCUACGCCACCAUCUGCGAGCAGCUCGUCGACAUGCACCGUGCCCUCACCGAGCACCAGGACUCCAUAGCAGGAAUGAGGUUUAGCAAUCUGUACUGUGAUUCUCUAAUUGUUCCUGGAGGUCACAAGAUCACAGCAAGGCAGCGAUGGCAACCAACACCGAUGCAGCUGCAGAUCCUCGAGAACAUAUUUGACCAAGGCAAUGGAACACCCAGCAAGCAAAAGAUAAAGGAGAUAACAGCGGAGCUCUCACACCAUGGCCAGAUCUCUGAGACAAAUGUCUAUAACUGGUUUCAGAAUAGACGGGCACGGUCGAAGCGGAAGCAGGCUGCUUCUUUACCAAACAACGCUGAAUCUGAAGCAGAGGUGGAUGAGGAGUCCCUUACUGACAAGAAGCCAAAGUCAGAUAGGCCACUCCACCAGAACAAAGCUUUGAGUGUUCACAAUGCUGACAGGAUCUCAGAGAUGGACCACUUUGACACAGAGCAUGAUCAAAUCGGUAGCAUGAUAUAUGGAUCCAAUGACAAUGGCUUGAGAUCGUCUGGCAGCUCGGCCCAGAUGGCCAUCUACGAGAACAUGAUGUCGAAUCCAAGAAUUGAUCAUUUCCCAGGGAAGGUGGAGAGCUCCAGGAGCUUCUCCCAUUUCCAACAUGGAGGAAACUUUGACAUGUUUGGGUGACAUCUUGCUGCACCGAAGUACCCUUGAACCCCUUGUAAAAAGUGAAGCAUGCAUUCGUUUAUUCUGACAUGAACUUUGAAGUAUAUCUGAGUGUCUCCGUUUUAGUUAUCUAUCACGGUCUUGUUGAAAUAGACGUAUGACGUAUGACUUAUUGAAUAGCUACCUCCGGAGGGUAGCCAGCGUUAGUGAAUCUGCUUUCUUGUUGAAAUAGCUUUAAGAAGUUGAUAUAGUGUUUUCCCGUAGCCUAUAUACGCUCAAUUAUUUGCAUGUAGUUUUCCACGGUUUGCAGUUUCAGCUUGAGAUUGUCAAAUGCAGCAGCUUUUUGUGGUCGAA